UUUAUAUCAUUGGCGAACGAGGAUUUUUUUUACCCAACCAAAAACAAAAUGGCUUUCAUCGGAAAUCUGUCGACAUUUGACCACAAAACCAGUGAAUGGACGAUAUUUUACGGCAAGUUAACGCAAUAUCUGAAGAUAAAUGUGGUGAAAGAAGAAAAUAAAAGUGGAAUUCUUAUAACACACAUAAGUGACGAGACUUACCGCUUAUUGCGUAAUUUGGCGUACCCUACCGAGUUGGAAUCGCUGAGCUUUGAUAACUUGAUACAGUUACUCAAUAGCCAUUUCAAGCCGAAAAAGUGCUCAUUUGUGGACAAGGCGAAUUUUUACGGAGCGAGUAGAAGUCCAGGGGAAUCGUUAAGCGAUUGGGCGGCGCGAUUGAGAGGUCUUGCAAGUUAUUGCGAAUUCGGCAGUGCCUUGGAGACGAACUUGGUCGAUCGCUUCGUCUUGGGCCUGGGCUCCGGCCCCGAACGCGACAAGCUCUUCGAGCAAAACCCGUCCAAGCUAACGUUGACACGGGCGAUUGAACUGGCGGAGCAGGCAGCGUGUGCUAAGGAGGCAAAAAUCAUGUGCACUAGCGAAGCCAGCAUCAUUAAAGAAGAACCAGUGUAUCGCGCGAGAUUCCAGAAUCAAUCAGGACGCGGGUACGGCGCCGCCGGCAGCGGCGGGGCCGGCUCCUCGCGGCGUGGCGCGGCACAGCGGGACGACGCCCGCUGCUCGGUAUGCGGCUUGAAGAAUCAUACUAGUGAAAUGUGCCGGUACAAAAAUUAUAAGUGCCAAAAGUGUGGUGUUAAAGGCCAUUUGAAGAAAGUGUGCGGUUCUAGUGGUAAAGGUUCGUGUGUGUAUCACGUUGACGCGGGCUCGGAAUGUGACGAGAAUAAGGUCAAGGACACGGCAUGUCAGGAAUGUCAGAACUUUAAUAUAAGGUUCCAAAAAUUAAGUGUGGAGGAAUGAUGUGUAUGCGCGUCUACGCGCAUAAUAUAUAGAACCUACCUACAUUGUACUCGUAGUAACAAAAGUUGAUGUCUGUGUCGCUGUCAUCGUUUAGUAAUAAACUCGAGUUCAAAGCGA